GUGCGUGAAGCUGCAAAAUUUCGACUAUAAAAACAAAAGUGCGCUUUUUUUCUUCGCAUUCAUUGUCCAAACAUCUCGAGCAUUCAAAUUCACUGUCAUCAUGAAAUUGAUAACAUCCAUCGCUGCUUUACUGGCCGUAGCAUCAGCAGGUCAGAUCUACAAUCAACCGCAAGUGGAGAACUACCAGAAUACUGAAGCAUACCAGCCAGGACUAGAAUACCAUGAAGGUUACGAGCAGACACAUGCUUUAGGCGGCCAAGCAUACAAUAGUAGACCUUUAGCUGAGAAGACCGCGAGGAUACUUAGUUAUCACUCCGAGAACAAUGUACACAACUACAAUUAUGGAUAUGAGACUGAAAAUGGAAUAAAGGCUCAAGAAGUUGGUCAAACUCCUCACGGAACUCAAGCUGAAGGCGCUUUCUCAUACGUAGGGGAUGAUGGGCAUGUGUACACAGUGCAAUAUGUAGCUGACGAGCAUGGCUUCAGAGCUCAGGGUGCGCAUUUGCCCACACCUCCCCCAAUCCCAGAAGCUAUUUUGAAAUCUCUGGAACAGAAUGCCAAGGAUGAGGCUAACGGAAUUGUUGAUGACGGACAAUACAAGGAACAUGCUGUAUCUCAAGGACAAGCAUACCAACAGUAUGAUGCAGCGUACCAACAGAAUUACCACAGCGCAGCGCAAACAUCCGCCGUUGAGACUGGAUACCACUAAACUACUUAAAGAAACAUAACUAUACUAACCUUUUCUUUUAUUCAAAAUAACUUCAAGUAAAUUUUAGCUGCUGAACUUUACUCAAACAUGCUAAAUUUAUAUGUUCUUAGUGACCAAUUAAUUUCUCUGAGUGUAGCGGUAAAGUUUGGUUUUUGCCAACAUUUUUUACUAUAAACACGUUGACGUCUAUAAUAUCAAUCAACGGCGGUCAAAGGGUUUAAACACUUAUUUAACUUAACCGUUUCUUAGGGUAAUUUUCGAGUAAUACUGUAAUUUUUUUCUGAAUUAUUUUAACUUCGAAUUCAGUCUUCAAGACAAGUUUCUUGUCUAAGGCAUUGAUUUUUAUCAAUCAAGUGCUUAGAAAAUGAUAAAUGUACAAAUAUUAUUUAAGAUGUUCCUUAAUUUAAAAUCAUUGUUGAUUUAACUAUUGACUAGUCUUUUUCUUAAAAUGUUAAGAAUUCAAUUUUUGUUUUUUUUUCUUGUUGAGUUUUUGUAUUUUUUUUAAUAAAUGUAUUC